AGCCCCACAAAAAGUUCAAGGAAGGGUCACGUGACCAAACCCUCCCCAAAAAAAAGAGUAUAAGCACUAACAUUUUUCUUUCAAAGAAAACUUCCGAGAUCAACAGGACAACUUCCUUUCUUCCAAGCGUAUAGAUCAUUAGAUCAGUUCGGAGUUAUAAAGUCGGCUUUUAAUAAUUUUUAUUAGAAAACUUUUGUGUUCGAACCAUGUCUUCCGGACCAGGACAGGCGACAUUCGAUGGUGGAAUAAAACAAGAGACUGCCCCACCAUCAGGAGAAGGUAAUAAUAAUAAUAAUAAUAAUAAUGAUAGUAAAUCAGGUAAUACCUCAUCUGAGGAACCUGGAAGUUCAUCGAAAUCUCGUAAGAGAAAGAAGAAAGUUGAAAUUGCCUGCGUUUAUUGUCGUAGAUCUCAUAUGAUUUGUGAUGAUUCUCGACCUUGUCAAAGGUGUGUAAAAAGAGGUAUAAGUCAUCUUUGUUAUGAUGAACCAUCUAAUAUGAGGCAACGAAAGAAAGCUGCAUCUUUAAGACGUAGUACAAGUGAUACAUCUGUUGGAGUAACUCCUGCUCAAAGUCCCUUUGCUCAAUCUCCAUUACCUCCUCCACCUACAAAUCAAAAUGCUACAGCUGAAAUUAUUAUACCUCCUCAACAACCAAUUCCUCCUCCACCUCAACCACAACUGCAACCUCAACAACUUGGACAAAUAAAAUCAAUAAAUAGUUCUGUUUUGGCUCAAACUUUACCGUAUAAUCAAGAACCGUUCUUUUAUUCAGAACAUGCUGGAAGUGAAUUUAGUUCAUUAAAUGAUUUCUUAUCAAUGAUAGAUGAUCCUGAGCUCGUUAAUGGAGCCUUGAAUGAAGAUCCUACUAGUAACGACCCCAUGCUAAGCUUUGGUGUUAGCAACAAUAACAAUAAUAACAACAACAACAACAAUAAUAAUAAUAAUAAUAAUAAUAACAAUAAUAAUAACAAUAACAUUAAUGGUGGUUCAGAUAAUUUAACUACCAGUAAUAGCACUACCAAUCUCAAUAAUAUAUUAGCAUUUUCACCGAACUCCAACUUAUUUCCUGCUUCAUUCCCAUCAGAAGCUGAUAUGCAAUCUCAUCAAAUACAUAGACCCAAAUCAGAUUUUAUUAAACCAGUAUCUGGAAGUAUAACUCCCGUAGAAAAGAAUGGUCAUCAACCAGUAAUAUCUGAUUCUGCAAGAGAUAAAUUUUUCUUAACUGCAGCAGAUCCAACGACAGAAAUUUCCCCUGAAGAAAGAUUAAAACAAGUUAUUAAAGCUAAAUUAGAAGCAGGAUUACUUCAACCUUAUAAUUAUGCUAAAGGUUAUGCUAGAUUACAAAAUUAUAUGGAUAAUUAUAUGAAUUUAUCAAGUAGACAAAGAAUUCUUAAACCACUUUCAAUCUUUAGACCAGCUUUUCGAGCCAUUGCAAGAACUUUAAAAGAUGUUGAUUUAGUAUUAGUUGAAGAAAGUUUUGAAAGAAUGUUACUUGAUUAUGAUAGAGUAUUUACUUCAAUGGCUAUUCCUGCAUGUUUAUGGAGAAGAACUGGAGAAAUAUAUCGUGGUAAUAAAGAGUUUGCUUCAUUAGUGGGAGUUAUGACCGAUGAUUUAAAGGAUGGUAAACUUGCAAUUUAUGAAUUAAUGAGUGAAGAAAGUGCUGUUAAUUUUUGGGAAAAGUAUGGAGCCAUUGCAUUCGAUAAAGGUCAAAAGGCAGUAUUAACAAGUUGUAAUUUAAGAACAAAAGAUGGAAUUAAAAGAAAAAGUUGUUGUUUUAGUUUCACUAUUCGAAGAGAUAGAUAUAAUAUCCCCAGUUGUAUAGUUGGGAAUUUUAUACCUAUUGAUCCAUAAAAUUAAAAAGUAAUA